AUGAUCUUAGGGAUAAGAUCUCGGAAGGAGGGGCAUUAUAUUACGACCCAACCCGAACGUCACACCCACGGCCCCUUGAGCGAGGGGCAAUGGAAGCUGGAGUCGGUCCAGUCGCGUGAGCUGCUAGAUGAUGAAGUGCUCGUCCGCAUCAUCGCAAGCGGCAUUUGCUUGGCCGACGUGCACAUUGGAGACGCCCCAGCAGCACUAGGCGACAACGUCGGCAGCCCCGUCUACUAUCCUCGGGUGUUGGGACAUGAAGGAUCAGGAUACGUCGAGAAGACUGGCUCUUCAGUGUCGCAGUUGUCUGUGGGCGACCCCGUCCUGCUGUCGUUCACAAGUUGCAGUACAUGUUACGCCUGCGAGGACAACCAUCCAGCACACUGCGCAGACAUGUUCCGUCUGAACUUUGUGGCCGACAGGGAGGUCUAUCGGCUUGAGGGCAGCGACAGGUACGAUAUUGGCGGUUCUUUCUUUUGUCAGUCCAGCUUUGCAAGCCGGGCGGUCGUGAAGGCAAGGUGCCUCGUCAAUCUACGCGGUGUGGUCGAGAGCGACGAGGAGCUCAAGUAUCUCGGGCCCCUCGGCUGCGGCGUGCAGACUGGGAGUGCAGCAAUGCUGAACAUUGGGGGCGUCAAAGCUGGGCAAGACGUGGCCAUCAUCGGUGUCGGUAGUGUUGGACUAAGUGCUAUCAUGGCAUCGAGCAUGCGAGGCUGUCGACGGAUCAUUGCGGUUGACAAGAACGAGUCUCGGCUGCAGCUAGCCAAGACACUCGGCGCCACGCACACCGUGACCACGUCUGACGAGUCGACUGACCUAACCGCAGAAGUGCGCAAAAUCGCUGAUGGGCGCGGUGUGCACGUGUCGCUCGACACGACUGGGGUCCGGGCUCUCGCUCGUGCCUCAUACGACUUUGCCUGCAAUGGCGGCAAGAUCAUACCUGUAGGCAUGUCGGCUCCCACUGACACCUGGGAUAUCCCCAUGCUCGACCUGAUGAACAGUGGGAAGCAGAUCCUGGGUUGCGUGCAGGGGGAUGUUGUCCCCCAGCAGUACGCGCUCGACAUGAUCGCGUGGAAGAAGAAGGGCCUCUUUCCCUUUGAGAAGAUUAUGAAGUUCUACAAUGUCUCUGAUUUCGGCAAGGCCCUGGAGGACAUGCGGCUGGGAGAGGCUGUGAAGCCAGUUCUGGUGUGGCCUUGACAAUUUAGGCUAUUUGUUGUUUCGGUAGGGCGUAGCCGCCAGUGUCUCAACAUCCGCCAGCGAUUCCACACGCACGCGAGGCCCACUCGUCCGCGUGCAGCCAGGGGACCAAAAGUCGUGGGCGUAAGUGGCCGUCCGGAAAAUAAUAUGCUUUUGACAAAGCUCCAUUUCGA